AUUAGAGAUUAGAUCUAUGUUAUUUUGGGACUGAUUGUGAAUAUUGACUAUUUGAGAUCAAGAAAACAUAUAUAAAGAAUAUUUUCUUUUGGAGCACAAUUUAGCCGGUUGUAUAUUAUUUAAAACCAUAUAUUUUUCUUAACCACGAGGUCGUGGUAUCAAGUUUACCUAGAUAUUUGUUUACAUGGAGUUCCUGCUCCUUCUGUAGUCUUCUUGCUUACGUGUUUAAAUACGCUGAUAAAACUGAAAUUUCCAAGAAAGUUUAAGUAAUUUUAUUAAACUUCAGAUAUUACUAAAUAUAUAAAGUUUUCAAAAUGACUGAUUUCACAAGAGUAAAUCUGUUUCAUAAUUGUAAAUAUUUCGUAACUCGUAAGAAACGAUACUGUAAAAUGACUGUGAAAGUGGGUGAAGAAUACUGUGGUGAACACCAAAGGCUUAAUACGAGUUUGGAUUCUACUUUAACCGAUGAUGUAGAUAAAGACAAAUCGUCAAAAAUAAGAAUUGUGUGCCCAUUAGACAGAAAACACACAUGUUAUGCUCAUAAUUUAAAAAAGCAUUUAAAGAUAUGCAAUGCAGGUCGUACAUCUACGGAACCAUAUAUUUCAAAAGGAAUAAAUUCUGGCAAAGAAGGUGAAGCCAUUAUUGAUUCAUAUAAACUUUUAUCUACAUUUUCUGUUUCUGAUAUAAAGGGAGUUAUUUCAAAAGUAAAUGAAAUAUAUGAAAAGUACAUUAAAGAUAAAGUAUCUGAAAAAUUUUUGAGUCAGGAACUGGUUGAAGAAGAAAUGAGUAAACCUGAAUAUGGUGAUAAAACAAAAAAGCACCUGAAGCAGGUGUCUGCUAUAGUAGGACUUUUAGAUGAAUAUAAAAUGUUGGUCAAACCUCAAACAUGUUAUAUUGAAUUUGGCGCGGGAAGAGGUCAAUUAAGUUACUGGAUAGCGAAUGCAGUAAAAUCAAUAGAAGGGUCUACUGUACUUUUAGUAGAACGAGCUUCACCAAAACACAAACGUGACAAUAAACUUAAUAAAGAUGCUUACAAGGUGCAGAGGGUUCGUGCUGAUAUAUGCGACCUACUUUUGGAUAAGCUGGAUGUUAUAUCGGGAUCACAAAAUAUUGUAGGAGUCACUAAACAUUUAUGUGGAGAUGCAACAGAUUUAGCAGUGAGAUGUCUAGCAAAUAUAAUUGAAAACAAGCAAAAGCUGCAAGGAGUUGUAUUAACUUUCUGUUGCCACCAUAGAUGUAGGUGGACACCCUAUGUUGGGAGGGAAUUUUUUAAAGAAAAUAAGUUGUCUGAAAAUGAUUUUUAUAUGAUGUGUGGUAUGGCAAGUUGGGCCACAUGUGGAACUGGUUUGAGUAGGGAAAGAAGAAAAAACCCCAAUGAAGAACUUGCCCAGAAUGAAAGAGACAGUGAAAUAGGAUUAACUCGCGAGGAAAAGGAAGUGGUAGGACAAAGAUGUAAACACGUACUCAACUGGGGAAGAUUGAUUUAUUUGGAAAAAUUGGGUUUUAAUUGUUCUUUACAUUAUUAUGUAAACAAAAGUAUAUCUUUGGAAAAUGUAUGUAUUGUAGCAUUUAGAUAACGAACUAGAUUUUAAUAAUUAUUAUUUCCUAGAAUUAAUUAGUAGGUAUUACGAUAUAUACUUAUUCAUAAGUAAUAAUAUUUAAAAUAUGUUUUAAUGAAUAACAGUU